AUUAUCAUUUAAAAUGGCAGAUCAAUCUGUACAGAAACCAUCUGCAACAGAAAAAAUUAUAAUGAGUUCAUCGAAACUUAUUUCCAAAUUAGAAAAUUUAGAACUUUUAAAAGGUGACACUGUUCCAGUUAAUCCUUCAACUAAUAUUGAAUUUUUAAACGAGCCGAGACCAGCAUAUGAAAUUUUCGGGAAUUUGGAGCAAUUGAUUCUUUUUUCUGAUGACGACGACGACUUCUUCAUGCCCAUCGUUGAUGACAUUUCACAUCUGGCUUUCGUAUCUCAGUCGGUUCUUUCAUACAUAAGAACAAUUUCACCUGGUACUCGCCUUAUGAAAAUUUCUGAUAACAUCUACAAUCAAACUUCAAAAUGGCUCAAUUCCUUAUUCUUAAAGAAUUCCACUGCAACAUUUCUGCCAUCAAACAUUGAAUGCUUAUCAAAAGCACUACGUGUCGCAUUGAUGUGCAAAUUUGAAAAUUAUCAUAAAGAAGGACUUCAAGGUGUAAAAAGUGUUUCAAUUUAUGUCAACAGUAAAAAUCCAUUUUUGAAUGAUUUGAAGUUCGUCGCAUAUCUAGUUGGACUUAGUGAAAGUGCAAUCAAAGUCAUUGCUUCAGAAGAUGGAGUUGAUCACUUAAAUCUUGUAGAGUUAAAUAACCAAAUUGAAACUGAUAAAGCAAAUAACAUCAUUCCGUUGUUCCUUAUGGCCGAUAUGGGAUCUUCAAUCACCGGUGCAUUUGACAGUUCGUUGUCUGAACUUUCUGAGGUAUCUGAGAAACAUCAAUUAUGGCUUCACAUCACUGGUGGCUACAUCACAUCACUAGCAGUGUCAGAGAAUAAGCAAGAGAAUCUAAAAAAUGUUUCUUCAAUGACUUUAGACUUUGAAGAUUGGAUGGGCCUUCCUAGUGUUUCUUAUGUACUUUUACAUAAACAAAUCACCGUUCCUGACAAUAAUUUCUUUGGAAUUGAAAACCAAAUAAGAAAAAUUGAAGCUUUUCCAUUGUGGACAGUCAUGCAAAAUUUAGGACGUGAUCGAAUCGUUGGUGCUUUUAGUCAAGCUUUCCAAAGCUGUAGAGUUCUUUACGAGAUGGUUUCGAAAGCUCGAGGCUUUCGAUUGUUAAGUAAAAAUCCUAGUGGUGAUGACGAUAAAGAUUUUUUCAAUGCUACUGUCGUGUUAUUUCAAUUUGACGGUGAAACAUCUAAUGAUGGAAAGAUUGAGGAAACUUCUCGAGGAGGCAUUGAGAAAACCAACAAUUCUUUAUAUUUUGAUCGUUUAAAUUCGUGGCUUGGACAAACACUAGAACGUGACUUUCCCCAACUACAAUUAUCACUUAAAGAUGAUAAAAUAUUCGGAACAUGCAUUCGUUACAAUCCAUUUGAAUUGGGUGUAGGAGAAAAGGUUCCUUCUUUGGAAACAUUCGCUGAAUUUAAUGAGUUCUUUGAAGCUCAAUCUGACAUUUUACGCGCAACAAUUGAGAAGAAGCAAGUGUUUAAUGACUUGGUGGAAAAUAACAAAGUUUUACGUCUUGUGAAGUUAAAUGACGAUUGGGCUGGUCUUGGUGGUGUACAUUACGUUCCUGAACAAAUGGAAACAAUUGAAACCGAUCAAGGAAAGACGGAAUUAAAUAAGCUUAACAUGCAACUUGUAGAACGGCUAAAAUCAAGUGAUAAUGCAUUUAGUUUGGGAGAAUCAACAGACGGUGUUGCAUGUAUCAGGCAAGAUAAUAAUUCAAAACAUAUCAAAGUGAUAUUUGGCAUGGUGACAUCAGAAACAGACAUUGAAGAGUUAUUGGAUUUAGUUGUAAAUGCUGGGAAUGAAUUGCAAGAAAGCUCAAAAGUUCUUGACUCAAUGGCUGAAGUCAUCAAGAAAGGAAUUGAAGCUGUUGAAACAGAUUUGAGAAAAGAAGCUGACGAGAGAGUUUGGAAUGAUGGAAUUUUAAGAGUUGUACCAGUUGUUGGAAGUGUUCUAAAUUGGAUUAAUCCUUUACCGAAAGAUGGAAGUGGCAUUAAAGGAAGGUCUUUAAAUUUACAACAAGGCGUUAUUGAGUCAACAGAAAACAUUUACAAGUAUCACAUGCAAUUGCCACUAAAUAAGACAUCGAGCACAAAUCAUUCGAGAAAUGGAAGUCAAAGCAGCUCAAGUUCUAAAACAGUCGCAGUGACAGCAAUGUCGACAUUACCUGAUGAAGGCGAACCUAAGAUAGAACCAAACGCAUUAACUUAAAUAAAUUAAUAAAUAUUCAAAGCACAAAUAACAGAAUUAGAUAAUCAGCUUAAUGAUUUGAUCUCUGAUUUCAAGUUUUCCUUUUUCAUUAAAUAAAAAUAUUUCAGAGAUCUUAAUUUCCUUUCACUUAAAUUUCUGUAUUAAAAAAUCGUAAAUCUAAUAGCAAUUCAAUGUUACAUUGAAAUGAAUUGUAAUUUCUUUUUUCAGGUAAAUUGUCAUGUCAAUUGAAGACUUUGCAAUUUUUUCAAGAAUAGUUCUUGAAUUUUAAUAAAGAAUUCUAAAUAAUGA